AUGGGUGACAAGAAGCGCAAGGCUACUGACAAUGCCGAGGAGGCGAGUGAUCCUCAAUGGGAUCAGAAGCUGAAGCAGGCGAAGAAGGAAAAGAGCAAGACAGAGAAGACGGAACGGAAAGAAAAAGACAAGGCAGAGAAGAAGGAACGGAAGGAGAAGAAGCGCAAGCUCGCCGAGGCUGAGGCUGAGCCUACUGAUGAGAUGAAUGUUGACGAGAAGGAAGAAAAGAAAGAAAAGAAGGAAAAGAAAGAGAAGAAGGAGAAGAAGGAAAAGAAGGAGAAGAAGGAGAAGAAGGACAAGAAGGAAGAGAAGGAAGAGAAGGACGAGAAGCCCGAGGAUAGCGACAAGAAGGAAAAGAAGGAAAAGAAGGACAAGAAGAAGAAGGAGAAGAAGGAGCAGGCCGCCGAGGACGAAACCAAUGCCAAUGCUGAAGGGCAGGAGCAGCCCGAGCAGACUGAGGAAGCUGCUCAAGAAAAGAACUCUCGAUUCAUCUGCUUUGUCGGCAACCUUCCCUUCUCCGCAAACACCGAGUCCGUCACAAAACACUUUGAGAAGAACCCGCCAGCUAGUGUGCGCGUCGCCACCAACAAGGAUGACUCCAAGAACCGAAGCCGCGGCUUUGCAUUCAUCGAAUUUGACAACUACGAUCGCAUGAAGACCUGUCUCCAGCUAUACCACCAUUCCAUGUUCGACGACGGAAAGUACCCACCUCGUCGCAUCAAUGUUGAGUUGACUGCUGGUGGCGGUGGUGCCAAGUCCGAUCACCGCAAGGCGAAGAUCCAGGCUAAGAACGAAAAGCUGAACGAGGAGCGCUGGCGCAAGGCACAGGAAGCCAAGAAGAACGAAAACAGGAAUGAUAGGAAGGCCAAGCAUGCUGCGCCUAAGGGUCCCACUGGUGCCAAUGCGGUUGGUGGUGAUGCUGCCGGUGAUGAUGACAGAUUUGCCGGUGUGCACCCCAGUCGUCGGGGCCAGUUGUGGUAG